AACCAAACCAAACCCGCCCCAGCUCUUAUCACAUAUCACUGUAUUCCUGACGCUUUCACAUGCGAUUAACGUUUUCCGAUUUGCUGUAAGUGCAGGCAGAAUAAUCUACACAUAUUUACCACAACUUUUUAACCUGGGAAAGAAUAAUGCUGACUUUAUGUUCAGUGCUAACUGAUGUAUCGAAAGAAGUGAUUCGGCAGACACUUGCGUGAACGCGAUAUUGAAAUCGCUGAUUUCCGGGUAGGAAGGACUAAGAUAUGACCAAGCUGGAAACAUGAGCGUGGAAUUACACGAGUUAAAACUAUCCGUCAACAAUAACGACGAAGUCGAAAGAAUGACUGAGCCAUACCCAGGAAAUGGGAGCUGCUCAAACCACAACAUACCAAAUUCCACUGAAGAUAGCCAGCUACUGUCAGAAAUACAGGUUCUUGAGAGCAAUGGAGCACACCACAUUGUGGGAAAUAUCCCAGAUGACCUGUCGAGGCAAAGUUCUAAUACGCCUGGGACACUUAACAGAUUGAAAACGGAGCUGAAUGAAUCAGUCUGUUGGAACCUAAAAGUGUGGAUGCUCAUUCUUAUCGGCUUCAGUUUAAUCAUUCUUGUCAUCUUUCUCCCCAUUUAUUUUUGCGCAGUUAAUAAAGAGGACGUGGAUGACAAGUACAGUGUUGCAGAAUUUGUGGUGCCACGCUUCUUUAAUGGAAAUUUUACACUACUCAACAAGAAUGUAACGCUAGAUGAACAAUCACAGUCCAAUCUUACACAAAUGCUGACUCACAUCUACAGAUCCUCAUAUGCCCUGGGCCGAUACUUCUCCCUAGCCACAGUAAAUCCACUGAGAAACAGCAGUUCUAGUGUUGAGUAUGAGUUGACAUUCAAGAUGCCGGAAGAACACAAACAGAUAAUACGAUACACUCUGAGCAAAGAGAUGGUGUAUCAUGUGCUUCUGCAACAGCUAUAUGACCAAGAUGCUGGAGACUCACUUUACAUUGAGCCGACUUCACUCACCAUGGAAGUUGGGAGUUAAAUGAGCUGCGUUACAGCCACAGUCAUGAUGUGCAAAUUUGUACAUACUCCUGUAUAUGAUGACUACAUGACACCCUCUGGUAUGGUCAUGAAAUUCUGCAUGUACCUGUUCUUAUACUGUAUCCACUGUUUUAAGAUAUUUUAUUACAUUAUUGGUUCUCAUUAACACUUCAUUGUUAAUGAGAACAUUUUCCUCAAACAGGUUCAGGGAUUCAAAGAAGUGUUUUUUGUCAGGUUUUUAAAUAGGAAGCCUAUAGCAAGUUUAUGUUUAACGUUUAGUCAUUUUCCUGCUCCUGGUCCUAACACACUUCAGACCUCGCUGCACUUUUGAUAUGGUCAGGAGUUCUUAUCAGACAUGUAUUGUGUUUAUCUAUUGGGUGUGGAGCUCUGCAUCUAAAGUCAAGUAAUGUUUCCAUCUGGUUCUAUUCCAUGAGAAUGUUUUGACAAGUCUCGAGUUUUAUCUCCAGUAAGAAAAUAUCGCUUUAAUAUAUUAUGGUGGUAUCUGUUUGAAUACUAAAUAUGAAUUCACUUUAUAUAUUUUUAUGCAUAUAAUUUAGUUUUCAUAUCUGUAUUUUUUUUUAACCAAGUGUUUGUAAGAGUCACAAGGUGGUGCUAUUGCUUCAAACAACAUCAUGUCAGUUUCAAAACGUUUGCUAUUUCCCGUUGUCCCUGUGGAUGCUUUAAUUAUUUAUUAUAUAUCCUAAUAAUUUGGUUAAUGUGUUUGGACUUUUUUUUUUGUAAUUCAUGAUCAUGAUGUUUUUCUUUUGCAAUAUUGUGAGCAAAUGCCAAUUAAUCAGUUUUGGAUGAAUUUGUAUCUUUGAAAAAAUAAACAUAAGUAAAUAUUUUACGAGCAUAUAGCUUAUGAAAUUUUUAUUCCCCCCAAGAGCAGUUAAUAGCUUCUGUUAAUGCAAGUGAGCUGUGAAAGUAGCAGCAGAUGCAACAUAGGUUGACAAAAAGUAUCAUAGUGCAUUUUCCUCCCCACAAAAUGAUACCGCUCUCACUGCAGAGAUCAUUUUCAUUGGAAAUCCUGGGAUCUGCUACAUAAAACUAAGCGAGAAUUCUAAAUGAGCAAUUUCUUUUGAAUUGCCAAUUAAAAUCCCAUAAUGCAAUGUCUCUCAUACACUGUGAACAAAAUCAGAAUUAGUGUUUGUGCGGUUUUCUUUGUAGUAUUCAUUGUCCAGAGAUAUAUCAUUUUUAUCAGUAUCAUUUUUAUGUUUUAUUUUGAUGAGAUAAGUUCUGGUGUUGUAGAGCGAGAGUCAGAAGUCAUUUGUCACUGUGUCAGUAAAUUGUCAUCCUGUGAUCAAUAAAGCAGAAAGGCAACUCACAUUGGCUACAGUCAGUCAGCCGAAGCAUGUUGGUGUCUGAAGUUUGCUUAGUCUUUACCCUGGAGCUAUAAAUAGUGUAGUACUGUAAUAGUAGUAAUGUUAGUCUUUUUUUGCCAAUAGCUCUUACACAAGCAUCAAGCUCACCGUGUCGAAAGUUGGAAUAUAUUACUAUAUUAUUAUAAGUGAGCAUAUUAGAAGCGAUUGAGGCAGUAAUUCCAAUUUUACACCUAGAGAUUAUUUCCAUCAGGUAUAAAUGGUAGUACUUAGCAAAGUCAGCCUGUUGAUGUAAGUGUGUUAUGAUUCAGGCAUGCAGGUUAAAAGCUUUUUUAUUAGCAGUUAUAAUAUUUAUAGCUUCAGUGCAGCUCUAAAGAAGCAGACCUCUGAUGCCAAACAUGUUCUGGCGAGCUGAUUACAUUUGGGAGAAGGGGAACACUAUACGGUUAAUUUUUGGCUGAUCUGCUGAAUCUUCAUGGCCCUGGUACAGCGCUUCCUAACCCUGCUCCUGGAAACUCCCUGCACUGAAUAUUUGAGUGUUUUCUCUGUCUAUGCUAGUAAAGUGUUUCAUCAUGCACAAGGCAGAGUAAAUCUAGUUUCUAAUAAAGCUCUUAACAAGAUCA